AUGGAAAUUAUUAAGUAUGAUGAUUUGGCAAAGUUUAUUGAAUAUGUUAAAAAAUACUCCUGUUUAUGGAAUACUGCUUUAUCUUCGCAUAAAGACUAUGAUAAAAGAAAAAAUGCUUGGGAAAUGAUUAAUGAAAGUCUUGGUGGUGCUUAUACAGAAGUCAACAAGCAGGUUGAAAGAGUUACCAAAGAAGUCAAAAAGCAGGUUGAAAGAGUUACCAAAAAAGUCAACAAGCAGGUUGAAAGAGUUACCAAAGAAGUCAACAAGCACGUUGAAAGAGUUACCAAAGAAGUCAACAAGCAGGUUGAAAGAGUUACCAAAGAAGUCAACAAGCAGGUUGAAAGAGUUACCAAAGAAGUCAACAAGCAGGUUGAAAGUGUUACCAAAGAAUUCAACAAGCAGGUUAAAAGAGUUACCAAAGAAGUCAACAAGCAGGUUGAAAGAGUUACCAAAGAAGUCAACAAGCAGGUUGAAAGAGUUACCAAAGAAGUCAACAAGCAGGUUGAAAGUGUUACCAAAGAAGUCAACAAGCAGGUUGAAAGAGUUACCACAGAAGUCAACAAGCAGGUUGAAAGAGUUACCAAAAAAGAAAAAUUGUAUGGUCAGAAUAAGAAUUUUUUAACCAUCUAUUACCCCCAAGACAAUUAG